UAGAUGGUAAUAGACCCAUUUCUUCCUUUGCAUUAGCAAGGAAGAGUUAGUUUGCUAGUCUAGCUUUUUUUGCUCGAGUUUUAAUCGCAUCUUCUUUCCUCUCGCCAAUAUACAUCAGUUGAACGACUUUUGCGAUUUUAUUGGCACGAAUCGCCGGGCGGACCAAUCUUGACCCUUUAGAAGGCUCUCGCAAACAACGUGACAGAGAACCGACAAAGACAGGCGACCUUUAGUACAUGAGAUCUAGAAAGGUCCUUAGUUUCGUUUAAGGGCUUUUUCGUUGGCGCUGUUUCAGUAGUGGCGUAGGUUCAACGAGAAAAAUUUUCUCUUUCGUGGUUGCAAACUUUCUGGUUUCGAAACGGGGGUUAAAACAUCAGCCUCUAAACUCCGACAUUCCAUUACACUAAAGACGCGCACAUCCGCCGCCUGAUUCAGCAAAGAGUAUCUCGCUCCGGAUCCGACGUAUUAAUCUCUCCAUCACCUGUUCAUAAAGGAAUGUCAUCUGACAUCACGUCUUAUAUUAUUUGCAAAGUUGCUGUGUUAAAGAACUAGAGAAAGUUUUAGUAAUCACAAGUGGCACACCAUUUGUUCUCAGAUCAAGAAGUAAGCGAAGGAAUGAGGACAAUACUUGGCACGGACCUUCGGACGUUCCUAGCAUUAAUAAUUUUUCUACUGCAGUCUCUAGGCAUCUAUGGUUUUAACUUGGAUACAGCCUCGCCUAAAGUCUUCGAUGGGCCUCCGAAGAGUGAAUACUUCGGAUACUCGGUUGCUCUUCAUUCGCGACAGAAUAAAUUCUGGGUUAUGGUUGGUGCCCCACUCAGUAAUGUUACAGGUAACGAUGGCUCACAGUUAAUCAAGUAUGGAGCUGUCUACAGAUGUGAAUAUACUGGCUUACAAGAAUGUAAAGUCAUUACAACUGACAACCGGCCUGUUAGAAAACAGUUCUAUUCAAAUGAGUUGGUGGACAUGGAGGUUAAGAGUGGACAGUGGAUUGGCGGCAGUGUGUACAGCACUGGCACUAAUGGAAGAGCUUUGGCUUGUGCACCCAGAUAUGUUUAUCGAGAUCUGCCCAAUGCUGCUGGCCUGCAGUACUAUUGGCUGUUGGGAAAGUGUUUCCUCAUUUCUAGUGAUCUUUCAGUUACAACAAGUGAACGUGUGCCUUGCAUCAGUGAAUCAAAGGGCAACAACUAUUAUGGUUACUGUGAGGCUGGGAUAAGUGCAGAAUACACUGUUGGAUUUGAUCAAGAUGUGGUGAUGGGAGCUGUCGGAAUUGCCCGAUGGAAAGGUGGAGUGUGGGUCUCUCCUUCCACUGGAAGUUCGAUAACUCAGGCUGUUUCACCACAAGACCAAAUCAAUGAUGGAGAUUACAUGGGUUAUUCAGUGACUAGUGGUCAUUUCUCAAGCCCAUCAAAUACAGAGCUUGUGGGUGGUGCACCAAGAGGUGCAGGACUGAAGGGAAAGGUUAUUAUCUACAAUUAUGAUGUGUCUAAUGAUCAGCAGCAACAAAUCAGUGUCAGUUCACCUCUGCCUCAACCUAAAAAUAUACCGACUGGCACCUAUUUUGGGAGUGUCUUAUGUGCAGUAGACCUUGAUGCAGAUGAGUUCUCAGACAUUCUCGUUGGUGCUCCCUACUAUACCUACAAAAAAGAUGAGGGGCGAGUUUACAUCUACUUAAAUAAUAAGCAGGGUGCUCUUAAUUUGCAAGAUGAAGUUCUUGAAGGAGAUAAGGUGUACAAUGCCCAAUUUGGAGCAGCCAUUGCAGCAGUGGGAGACCUGAACCAAGAUGGAUUCCAAGAUGUCGCUGUAGGAGCCCCAUUUGAAGGUGAGGAUGGAAGUGGUGCAGUGUACAUUUACCAUGGUAGCAGCAGAGGAGUUGAGACCUACUAUAGACAGAAAAUUGUAGGAUCACAAAUUAAAUCAGGAAUCAAGAUGUUUGGGGUGUCGAUCUCUGGUGGUGUUGAUGUGGAUCAAAACAAAUAUCCAGAUAUUGCAGUUGGUGCAUAUGGAUCAGAACAAGCUGUUAUUGUGAGGACAAGAAGUAUUGUGAACGUGAAAGGUGUCAUUCAGCUGAGUAAGUCCCAGAUAACCUUGGAGGGCAACGACAGUUUGUGUGAUGUGGAUGGAGCUAAACAUAAGUGUGUGAACAUGACAGUGGUUUUCCAGUACACAGAUCAGGUUUCGUCGAGUGGCAGCCAAGGUCUGUACAACUUAAGGUAUUCUGUGGAACUGGACAAGGGAAAAGAAUCUGAUGCAUUGCGUCGUAUGUUUUUUUGGAACCCGUCUACGAAGAAGAAGAGCUUCAUCAUGAGCGGGACCUACAAUAUUUCGACUCAGAACCAAUUUUAUUCCCUUCCUACAGAAACAGUAUAUCUGUUGGAUAAGAAUGAAGUUGCAGAUGUCGGCUCACUACUCACUUUUGACUUGAGCUUCUCAUUGCCCGCAACUGGUUGUACUGGUUUAUGUCCGGUUCUCAACAGCUAUCUGCCUGAUAACUACCGAGGAACGGUUGCUUUUAGAAAGAAGUGUAAGAAUCAGCUAGCUUGUGUGCCAGAUCUGGCUGUUAAUGGUAGCAUUUUGUAUUCACCAGGAGACCUGAAGCUUAAAGAAGUUCGAAUUGGGGUUAUCAGAUAUUUCACUGUUAUGCUGACUGUCACGAAUAAAGUUGAAGAUUCUGCGUACUACUCCACUAUCACAAUGAAACUCCCUGCUGAUCUGGACUACAUCGGACCCACACAGUUCAUAGAAUGUGAAAGAGGUGAUCCAGACAAUGGAACCGUGGCUGUAACUUGUAACGUUGGCAACCCACUCCUUGGUAAAGUCAGGAAAACAUUUGGAGUCAAGUUUGCACCAGGUUCUGUGAAAAAAGACUUUAAGAUUGAAGUUGAAGCAUCAAGUCAAGAUACCGAUGGCAACGACAAGGACAACAAGAUAGAGUUUAUGGUUCCCGUAACAUUUGAAGCGGAUUUGGAAGUGAAGGGGUCAACUAAACAAGAUCAAGUGGUAUAUACAGGACCUGUGAAAGACGACAUAAACAAUUUGGAGUCGAUUGGGCCAGAAGUGAUCACAACGCUGACGAUUCGGAACAGGGGUCCGAGUGUUGUUGAUGGGACGAGAGUUACCGUCAAUUUUCCCAGUUUGUUUAAAUCGUCGGACCCCAAAAGUUACCUGCUCUAUCUUAUACACGUUGAACUUGAAGGUGCCUCAGGGACGUGUGAUGCGAAGGUCAACCCUUUGGGCCUCAAGGAGUCUAAUUCCACUGAUGAAUCAGUGGAUAACAAGCAAUCACGCAAACGGCGUGACACAGAAAACACGAUUUUGGGCUGCCGCACCGCAAGCUGCAGCUCAUUCUCUUGCAAUCUGGGUCAGUUGAAGUUAGGUGACAAGGUGGAUAUCAAGAUGACUUUCCGCCUAUGGAUAAACACUCUCAUCAAGGAACUCGAUCCACCCAAAGCCGUUGACCUCGAGACCACAGCCAAGAUAAAAGUUCCCAGUAUAAUUACUCAGCCAAACCUGAACAAUGACCAGGUUACGAUUAUAACAACAGCCAAACCAGCUCAGACCGAGGCACAGAAAAAGAAGGUAGCCUGGUGGGUGAUUUUGCUCUCUGUCCUUGGUGGUGUUCUCUUGGUGGGCGGGGUCGUCGCAGGCCUGUACAAAUGUGGAUUUUUCAAAAGGAAACGUAUAAAAGAUAUCUCGGGUCCUAUGGAAGAGAGAGAACCAAUGGCACUAACAAAAUGAGCGUGACUUGCGUGA